AUGUCGCAUUUAAUCAUAGUACCAUGUCACUCAAUCUGGAACCAAUUUGCCGAUAAUUGCAAAGGCGAUAACCUAGGUCACUUGCCAGGGCAGUGGUUUCUAGCUCCGUUUCAACUCGAAGGCAAUGAUCAUUUAGCAUUCAUAAAGCAUGGGUUGCAGGCGAUUCGAACUAUGGCAAAAGAUCCAUCGAAUAAAUCUGUUGUAAUAUUCAGUGGGUCGCAGACAAAGAUCCCAGCAGGAUGUAUUUCUGAGGCUCAAAGUUAUUUCUUCUUGAUGUGGAGACUAUUGGAGAGAGUUUAUUCUAAUCCGGAUUCAUUUCCCAAAGAAUUCCCACAAGAGAUACUUGCGUAUCUUAUUGAUAUUAAGAGCAUUUUAUUCUUACGUCAAAUUUCUCUUCAGGAUCUUUUUACGUCUCUGAUCACCACUGAAGAGUAUGCUCUAGAUUCAUUUGAAAAUUUACUCUUCUCCCUUUAUAGGUUCAGAGAGUACACAGGAGAAUUUGCUGAAAAGAUUACAAUUGUUGGAUUUGGUUUCAAAGAAAAGAGAUUCUUGGAGCUGCACGCCAGAGCCAUUGACUUUCCAAAGGACAACAUAAGAUAUGUUGCCAUUGACCCUAAGCCUGAGGGCUAUGAUUCGAAGAAAUUAAAGGCAUACUUUGACGAAUUGGAAAGUCUGGAACAAAGAAAUGCUCUGGAGCUAUUUGCAUCCGACUGGUAUGGAACUCGAAGGGCAUUAAGAGUGAAGAAGAAGACUCGCAAUCCUUUCAAGAGAGUUAAUGGAUAUCACAAAGUGAAACUAUUUGAUUUAAGUGGAGCUAUAGACGAUGAUGAAGUGUUCUUCGAAACCUACAUAAAGGGCAAGAUGCCUUGGUCAGUCAGGCUUUAA